AUGGGGGUGCAACUGUAUGUCUCAAAAAGAAAAAAAAAAAAGUCUUACAAGUCAGAGAAAAGGCUGAAAGCAGAGGCCAAGCCUUCAAAGGUGACAGAAGGACAAGGCAGUGAAGAGGAGGGCAUGUUCCAGAUUGGGAAGAUGCGUUAUGUCAGAGUGUCCUGCUUCAAGGGGAAAGCCCUCGUGGACAUCAGGGAGUUCUACACUGACAAGGAAGGCAGCGUGAAACCGGGCAGGAAAGGGAUUGCCCUGUCUGCAGAACAGUGGAACCAGCUGAAGGAGAUUGUUCCUGAGAUUGAUGCUGCAGUCAAGAAAUUAUAACAUGAAUAAUCUUGGAUGCCUUCAACCUGUUUCCUUUCCCUUAAGUGCACUGAAAACUGUAAAGCCAAGGAUUCUCAUCUGGAGACUUCCCCUAACCUUGCUGGGGUUUCAUCACUGAGGUGGUGGUCAUGCUGAAAAGACCAGAGACUUCUGUUUUCAAGAAGUAGCUUGUAAUGAGCACCUGGAACUAGAGCCAGUGCUGUGAAGUAAGACUUCAGCACCUCUGGUGCAGACUCGAGGUCUGUGCUGGUGAGGGACAUGACCCCGGCCUGGCUUUCCAGGGUUGGAUGGCUUCAGUGUGCCUCGUGAAAUGCUUUAACUUCUCUACCUCUGUUACUGUCUUCUGCUCGGUUGAAUGUUGAACAAGACGGUUUGUAUACCUCAUUCUCUGUGUUUCUUCCACAUGCCAUUGUGGCUAUUUCAAGUACUGUCUGUAUUGGUGAGGGUUGUUUGGUGUUUUUUUGGUUGGGUUUUUUUUUGAGUGAAGAAAGGGAUUAUUAUACUUUAGCAACUGGUUUGUCUGUAGAGGGUGAAUAUGCACAAUAAAUGUAUUUGCAUUAUAAAAAGGAGAGGCAUAGUGUUUCACAGGCUGGCACCUCAACUUUUUGUUUCAGGCACCCUUCUUUUGUAGGUUGCUGCUGGAUUUCCCUUUCAGGAGAGUGCUUUGUACUGUUUAUUCUCAUGAUACGUUCCCAAUAAUCCUGCUAUACAAAAGCAGUCAGACAGCAGUCUACUCCAGGUCAUGGGAAGGGCAAGCUAGAAUGUGAAUCUUUCAAAGGAACUGGUAAUUAGGAUGCCUAUUAAAUAGAG